AUGCCGCUGGGAGCGUUGGGGCGGUCGGUGCACUUUGUGCGCGGCACGCCGGUGCAGUUUGCCGCUAUCAUCCCCGGCGACGGCGUGGCGGAGGUGGUGCUGACGAGCGGGCUGAGCAGCUUCCUGCAGCUGUACAAUGCGGCCCUGAUCGGGCGCCUUAUCCUCUCCUGGUUCCCGGCGGCGCCUCAGGCCAUCGUGUCGCCACUGGCCACGGUGGUUGAUCCCUACCUCAACCUCUUCCGCGGCAUCAUCCCGCCCCUGGGAGGCAUCGAUCUGUCCCCCAUCCUGGCCUUCAUCGUGCUGGACCUGUUCACCAACACCGCCGCCGCCCUGCCCGCCGAAGUGGACGAGCAGGGCCAGCUGAGGAAGCCCGCCGCCGCCAAGAACGCGUGGCAGCGCCGCAUGGCGGCCAGCGCCGAGCGCCGCCGCCUCCAGCGCCAGCAGCAGCAGCAGCAGCGGCAGUAG